GAUUCAGAGUCUUCAUUAAGAUUCUAUUUUUUUGUUUUUUUGUUUUUUUCAAUAUUAAAUAUAUAAAUAUGAAAAUGACUAUAUGGAUAAUAAUAUUUUCCAGUUUGUUUAUUUAUGAAUAUAAUGCAGAAAAAACUCAAUGUGGAAGUGUGACUUGUGAUGUUGGAGAAAGUUUCUUAUAUGAACGUUAUUGUUGCAAAAACUCACAUUAUCAAGAUGAUUGUUGCAAGAAAGUUCGUUGGAAACCAAUCACCAUUACUGUAUGUGUUGUUAUUGGAGUGUUAAUCCUGAUAUGGAUACUAAGUUGUGUCUUUGGAUUAUGUAAAUGUCUUGCCAAUUGUCUUUGUUGUUGUUUCAAAAGGAACUGAUUAAAAAGUGCCUAUUACUACUUUCUUUUAUUUUUGAAAAAAAAGUUUCGAUAUAUUUUUCAUUCAGAAACUUACAUAACAGUUUUUUGCUACUUAUUAAAGUAAUUCAGUAGUAUAAGUUUGUAAAUAUUAUUUCGUCAAGAUAUCAAAAUUUAUCAUAGAUUUCUCAGGUUAUUUCAUUAACCAUGCAUUCACAUUUACUUGUAAGUCAUGAUUAGUCAGCCUAUUCGUAUGUGUGUUCAUAUAUGUGAAUUGAUAGUAGACUGGGGAAACUGUUUACAUGUUGUUUUUGAUUUUCCGUGAAGUUUAUGUUUAUGAUUUGAUGGAUUUGAAAGUGACCGACUUGGCCUCGUGUGCAGUCGCGGGUAUGGGAGCUAAUAUCACUUCUCGGUUGCUGACACCGUGGAAGGGUAUUUCUUCAGGGACCUGAAAAAGAAGAUGGAUUAGUGUUGGUCUUAACGAC